AUGAACCCCAACCACCAUAAUUCUUGGUCCAAUUUCAUGCAAAAUUGUGGCAUUCCACCAAUUAUCCCAAAUCAACAAAAUGCAUCCAAUAAUCCAAACUCACAUCAUAACUCAAAAUUUCAAAAUCCUACUUUUAUCCCGAAUCAACAAAAUUAUCCACACUUUAGAAAUUACCCAUAUUAUUAUCAACACUUUCCAUCUCAAUCAAAUAGUCCCACUAUGUUUCAUGGAGUUCAAAUGGAUAAUAGUCAUGUGGAAGCAAAUGAUCAAGAGCCUGAAACACCACAAUUUUGUACUCAAGCUCAAGAUGGGUUGGAAACAAUCAACCUUGAUGAAGAAGUCAAAACUACACCGGUUACGAAUAUGUUGAAAAUAAGAUUUCAACCAAAGGAGGAUGAACUUCUCAUUCAAUCAUGGCUCAAUAUUUCAAGGGAUCCUAUUGUUGGGAUUGAUCAAAAAGGAGAUAGUUUCUGGAAGAGGAUUGGUGAAGCUUAUAACAACCACCGCCACAAGAAUUUUCCAGAUAGGAAUCCGAUGGCACUGAAAGGUCGAUGGCAUAAAAAGAUUAAUCCUUGUGUACAAAAGUUUGUUGGGUGCUACAAACAAGCUGUCGCUGUAAAGAAAAGCGGUAGCUCUGAGAGUGACAUCGUUUCGGCGGCAUGCGAUAUUUAUUAUCAAGACGGUCAUGAAAAGUUCACAUUUCAAAGUGCAUGGAAAUUAUUGAGAGAUGAACCCAAAUGGCUUGGAGGUUCAUCGGAACCUUCUGCAAAAAGAACAAAGAGUUCGGCUUCUGUAGCAUAUUCAACAUCUUCUAACCCACCAACGCCAACAAGCGAAUACGAUCCACCAUCGCCGACUUUGUUACAUCGUCCAAUCGGUAAUAAGGCGGCCAAAAGGAAGCAAAAAGAAAAGUUUGUGGAAAAGCCUACUCCUAAAUUUGAUGCUAUGAAAGAGGACUUAAACAAAAAAAUUGAAUUAAUGUCGGGGUUUGCACGUGAUUAUGCACGUAUUGAGAGUGAAAAAAUGGAGAUAGAGAGGAAAAGGAUUGAUGUUGAGUUGCACGCGGCAAAGAUUAAUGAUUUGCAAAUACUCACGAAAGAUACAACAAAUAUGACACAAAGACAACUACAAGAUCAUGAAUUUUUGUGCGGCGUAAUUAGAGAUAGAUAUGGAAUUAAUUGA